AUGAACCCAGCAGCAGCAGCAGCAGCAGCAGCAGCAGCAGCAGCAGCAGCAGCAGCAGCAGCGGCGACGGCGGCAGCAGCAGGAGUGCGACAACAACAGCAGCAGCAGCAGCUGCAGCAGCAGCAGCAGCAACAGCAGCAACAGCAGCAGCAGCAGCAACAGCAGCAACAGCAGCAGCAGCAGCAACAGCAGCAGGAGCAACAGCAGCAGCAGCAGGAGCAACAGCAGCAGCAGCAGAAGCAGCAGCAACAGCAGCAGCAGCAGAAGCAGGAGCAACAGCAGCAGCAGCAGCAGCAGGAGCAACAGCCGCAGCAACAUCAGCAACAGCAGCAGCAGCAACAGCAGCAGCAGCAACGGCAGCAGCAGCAGCUGCUGCUGCUGCGUUGA